UUGCUUUGUUUUUAUUAAUAAAAUCUUAAAAUAAUUUCUCAUUUAAUAUUAUCAUUUUUGAAUUUUUCGAAAUAAAUAUUAAAAUAUAAAAAGUAUCCGCUAGAGGGAUUUGGACAGGACAGAAUGUCUUCGGCUACAAGAACGUGGAAGAUGGUGAAACCUCACAUUCCUCUAAUUCGAUUUAGGAAAGGAGGACGGCCAAUACAAGAACAUGUCUCCGAACAGUCGUCGUCUAAAACAAAAAGUGUCGUAGACGAAUUUGAAUUGCCGGCAAAAUAUGCACGAAAGCCUCUAUCUCAUCAAGAAAUGGAAUUUAUAGAAAUUUUUGUUAUUUUUUGUGCCUACUUCAUUAAGCAGUAUUUGAAAGGUAGAAAUUUAACAUUUGACAAAUAUGUAUAAAAUCAUCAGUUAAAAAAUAGUGCAUUAUUGCUUAUAAAUUAAAGUGGAUUAAUUAAUAAGCUAUUUUACA